CUGACAGCAGAGAUAUGUACAACUCGGUUCCUAAGGAUAGGACUAUGAGAUAAACUCUUGCCGUCCAGCACCUCCGAACAAUAUCAAGUCUGAUAUGGUAUCCAUGUUUCGGCUCGAAUCCUUGUCCCUGAGCCUGAGCAUUUUACUGCUCUUCGGAAUUCGAUCUCGUCGGAGUUGGUCGCGUCGAACGUCUAUGACCGCCACCUCACCAGCCUGCCAAGGAGACUUCAGCCGCGGUGUCAGCGAGAACCGCCUGAUACACGAUGCAACCCGAAUUCAUGCUAACCGGAGUUGUAUCUCAUUAUUUCAGUAACGGGUACGGACGGAUGUCCUUUUCGUACAUGUGUCUGAAUGGUAGGAAAUCAUGAGCAUAGGAGGG